AUGGUCUGCCACCGAGAACCGUACCCGGCCCUCGAAGCAGUACAGCGCAGCGCAGCCGGGAAAUACGCCCUCAUCACCAAUGCUUCGCACGGAAUCGGCCGAGAAAUUGCGAUAUCAUGGGCCAAAGCAAAGGCCGCCGGAAUCGCAAUCAGCAGCCUCAACGCAGAGGACCUCGAAUUUGUCGCAGACGAGAUUAGACGCAUCAACUCCAACAUCCCAAUCAUCGCCAUGACUUGCGAUACUACAAGUUCAUUCGACGUAAACAACUUCUUCUCAGCUACAAAAGAUAUCCUUGGUAGAUUGGAUGUAACAAUUGCGAACGUCGGUACUACACAUCUUGACAACUUGGACACAACCGAUGAGAACGGCUUGUGGUGGGCUGAUGUGAUGACAAACUUUCGCAGUACACAUCUCACUGCCCACCAGUAUCUUCGCACAUUUGGUCCGUCUCCGACCGGUACUUUCAUCUCAAUAACUUCAGGCGCAAAUUUCUGCGUCGGUCCUGGGGUCUCGUCGCAUGACUUCGCCCAACAGAUCGACCACCGACUUUUGGAGUUUCUGGCCUUUGAGUAUCCAAUGAUGAAAGCAUUUUCGCUGGAUUCAGGGCCGAUGCACGUGAGACGGACAAGACUCACACACGGUCAUUUCGAGAUAUGCAAUCCAGAGUUGGUCGGCUUAUUUUCUGUUUGGUUGGGUGGCGGGAGAGCGGAUCUACUAAGGGGUAAUAGUUUGCGUGCCGAAUGGGACAUUGGUGAGCUUGAGCUCAAUAUGCGACAAUCGUUGGAGAGGGAUACCUUGAAGCAGAGGAUGUCCAGUGGUUGUUUGCGACUGGUGACGAGGCAAGUAUAG